GCUCUCACAAACAGUAAGGGGCGGGUGGAUCGUCAGGGUGUGCGCUUCUGCGUCUCUCUGGCCCGGAAGGAGACCAGCGCAGUUGAGGUGACUGGGAACUAAGGUACUGCUACUCCGAGCCAAAAGGCACUCGAGAUCCACCGUACUCUUCAUGCCAGUCCCUCGGGGCUUCUGGCAUUUAGAUCGGUUUGGUAAACCUGGUGCACCACCAUGCUGGCCGCAAGACUUGUGUGUCUCCGGACACUACCUUCCAGGGUUUUCCACCCAGCUUUCACCAAGGCCUCCCCAGUUGUGAAGAAUUCCAUCACGAAGAAUCAAUGGCUCUUAACACCCAGCAGGGAAUAUGCCACCAAGACAAGAAUUGGGAUCCGGCGUGGGAAAACUGGCCAAGAACUCAAGGAGGCUGCAUUGGAACCAUCAAUGGAAAAAAUAUUUAAAAUUGAUCAGAUGGGAAGAUGGUUUAUUGCUGGAGGGGCUGCUGUUGGCCUUGGAGCAUUGUGCUACUAUGGUUUGGGAAUGUCUAAUGAGAUUGGAGCUAUCGAAAAGGCUGUAAUUUGGCCUCAAUAUGUGAAGGACAGAAUUCAUUCUACCUACAUGUACUUAGCAGGAAGUGUUGGCUUAACAGCUUUGUCUGCCCUGGCAGUGAGUAGAACUCCUGUUCUCAUGAACUUCAUGAUGAGAGGCUCUUGGGUGACAAUUGGUGCAACCUUUGCAGCCAUGAUUGGAGCUGGAAUACUGGUACAGUCAAUACCAUAUGACCAGAGCCCAGGCCCAAAGCAUCUUGCUUGGUUACUACAUUCUGGUGUGAUGGGUACAGUGGUGGCUCCUCUCACAAUAUUGGGGGGUCCUCUUCUCAUCAGAGCGGCAUGGUACACAGCAGGCAUCGUGGGAGGUCUCUCCACUGUGGCCAUGUGUGCACCCAGUGAGAAGUUUCUGAACAUGGGAGCACCCCUGGGAGUGGGCCUAGGCCUCGUCUUUGUAUCCUCACUGGGAUCUAUGUUUCUUCCACCUACCACUGUGGCUGGUGCCACUCUGUACUCAGUGGCAAUUUAUGGUGGAUUAGCUCUUUUUAGCAUGUUCCUUCUGUAUGAUACACAGAAAGUAAUCAAGCGUGCAGAAAUAGUACCAGUGUUUGGAGUUCAAAAAUAUGAUCCCAUCAAUUCGAUGCUGGGAAUCUACAUGGAUACAUUAAAUAUAUUUAUGCGAAUUGCCAGUAUUCUAGCAACUGGAGGCAACAGAAAGAAAUGAUGUGACUCAGCUUCUGACUUCUUUAAUGCAUCAGAUACCUUGCUUGUUUAAUAGGGGCAGAUAUUCAUUAAGUACUUUGUUCAAGCAGCUUUUGUUGAAGUUUAGAGGGUAAGAACUUGUCAUCAUGUUUCAGACGUUCCAGUAAUGUGAUGCUUCAGGUGUGCGUUUUCUUCUAGAGAAUAAAUUCAGUAGUUCUCAUCCAGAUAACCACAAACAUAUCCAGUUCUCAUGUUUGAGUAAUUCUAAAAUGAAUCAAUGAAUGUGAAGACUGAAGUUUGUGUAGUGAGAAUUUAACUUUUAUCUAUUUUUUAAAAUUAUUUGGUUAAGUAAAAAUUUAAAAACUUGUGUUUACCUGCAUAUGUUUUGGAAUGCAGAAUAUUAACCAGUCAUGUCGUGAGUGAGGUAGAGGUUUGGUAAAGGGACCAGAGAGAAGUAAGGGGUCACUGGCAGUCUUUGAGUACUUAGAACUUAAAACUUGUGUAAUCGGUGAUGAGUCAGUGAAAGGGCUCUGGCUAUUUGGAAACAAGUCAUCUCUCUUUAUAUUUGUCUGCUAAAUUUAUCAAAGUAUUGAGCAUAAAACAAAGACGUAGGUGAUGCAUUUUCCCACUGUUCCUUUUCAGUGCUCUCUUUACACUGUAGAUGUGAUCAUGUUUGGCUUCUCAUUGUUUAACAUUGUUUGAACAGUCCAGAAUGUUAAUCAUAUGGAGAAUUCCUGAUAUAUAAAAUAUCUGUGUAUAUGUGUAUGAAAAUUUUACUUUUGAAUCUUUUAGAACAAAAUGUUCUUAAAAUAUCUUCUCAGGAUAAAAUAUCAACGCAUGAAAAUUGUUGUAUUUUCAAGUAUACAAACAAUAUGUUCAUAAUUACUGAUUUUUUUUUUGCAUAUUUAUUGAAAUGUUUAAUAGAAUAGAUGCUUGCCUUUAUCUAUUCAAGCUUUGAAGCUUUUAUUAGAAAAGCCUAUUUGAGGCUUACACUUGAGAUUAUGAAAGCAGUUUUUCUUCUAAGACUUGGUUUCUUGCGUUUUCUCUCAGACUGAGCACUAAAAAAAAGGAAAGCAAAGCUAGUCUUCAUGAACUAUAUAAAUCAAAAACUUAAGAUGGAAUGCUUCCUUAGAGUGUUCCCUAGCAGAAUUUCUCUUCUUUCCUGCAUAGACCAUCACUUAACUCUCUUGUGACAUUUCUGAUAACAGUUAUUUUUGGAAGUUCUUAAUGAAAUAAGUAUAUAUGAUUAUUGAGAUGAUUUGUGUUCUUGAUAAGUAUUUAUUACAUAAUCCAGAAAUAACUAUUCUUACCAUCUCAAAUUACAUAUGAUGCUUAUUUUUGAAAUAAUAAAGGUUCCAGCCACAUG